AUGGACAUGUCCGACGGUGAUGCUGUAAUGGAGAACAGGGCUUCAGAAUCAGAGCAAGAGGCUCGAAGAGGAACCACAGUGGCGGAUACAGAAAUUAAUAUUCGCACUUCUACUGUUCCAUCCCGAGAUAGUUUUCGAGAUAUCCAGGUCAAGGUUCACAUUAGGAGGCCCGAAAGAGAUUCGUGGGUAUAUCUAGGUCGAGCACUCGUUUCUCAAGAAGUGAUAGGUCAAUCGUCUCGUGUUGUUAUUCGGUCUGUAACAUCAGGAAAAAUCAUGGUUGUAUUUGGAGAGAUAUCCGAUCUACAAGCAGAGAAACGUGGGAACUUUGUUGUAGUAGGAUGUGUAGAAGGAUCUCGUGUUGUAUCUUGGUCAUUAAAUGCUUUAAACAAUUCGGAAACGCUUCGUCUGUUAGCCAGUAUUGAGCUGGCAUGCUACAAAUGUAAACAAGCCCUGGUUGAUCCGCGAAUGCACUCCAAAGCUCGUCGGCGUAUCGAACGUGUCAUAAAAGAAGAUAGAAGGAGAAGACACCGUAGGCGUAAAGACCAAGAAGACAUGGUUGACGCCUUUUCGAGACAAAAUUUAGAGGAAGCCAGGGAAGUAAUCAUUUAG